AUGGAUCUGCUGAAAACAGUAGGAAAGAUUGGGUGCAAGUCGAUAGAGACACCUAUUGAAGUUGGUCAAAAGAUUGAAAUUACUCCUGAUGAACCUGUCAAUAACAAAGAAGGCUACCAACGCCUUGUAGGGAAGCUUAUUUAUUUAACUAUUACAAUGCUUGACAUAACAUGUGCAAUCAAUAUUGUCAGUCAGUGCAUGCAUGCUCGUACAGAGCAUCAUUGGAAAAUCGUCUAUCAUAUAUUGCAGUAUCUAAAGAAGGCUCCAGGACAAGGUAUAUGGUACAAAAUGAAUGGUCAUCAUCAAAUGUGUGGUUAUACUGAUGCUGAUUGGGCUAGUAGUUUAGAUAGAAAAUCCACCACUGGUUAUUAUGUGUUUGUUGGAGGAAACAUUGUGUCUUGGAAAAGUGAAAAACAGAGUGUAGUGUCUAGAUCCAGUGCUGAGGUAGAAUAUCAGGCUAUGGCUACAAUAACAAGUGAGCUUACACAGAUUAAAACUCUUGUGUCAUAA